UAUAAAUGCAGCAAAGAGUACCUAUCAACAAUAUUUUUCAUAAACGUGUUUGUUAAUUAACCUAGAAUAAAAAACAGUUAAUAUGGCGUCUGCUAAGUGGAGUUACGAACAUAAAGUUAGUAAUAUAAACGCACUGUCCAAGGAGAAUGAUAGCAUAGAUAAUUUUAAAGCGGACAAAUAUAUGUUCGGAAACUAUGGUUAUGGAAAAAAUUCAGUCAAACUUCUUCAUGUUUCUCGUGAUGGUCCGAAACAUACUAUUAAAGAGUAUGAAGUUGAUACCCAUUUGAGACUUAGUACAACUGACGACUACGUUGAUGGAAACAAUAGGAAUAUCAUAGCAACGGAUUCUCAGAAAAACACAAUUUACGUUCUGGCUAAAAAAUUCGGCAUAAAAACUCCAGAAGAAUUUGGUUUACUGAUUUGUAGCCAUUUUCUUUAUACAUAUCGCCACGUAGAGGAGGUUGAAGUUGUUAUUGAACAGUAUCCAUGGGAGAGACUGCAGGUUAACAAUAGACCCCAUAAUCAUGCAUUUAUAUUUGAUCCAAUUGCAACUCGACAUGCUACAUUGGUGCAAAGGCGCAAUGAAUCCCCUAAAAUAACCUCUGGAUUAAAAAAUAUGCGUGUUUUGAAAACAACCCAAUCAGCUUUCACGGAUUUUAUUCAAGACGGCUAUAGAACCCUCCCUGAUGAUAAUGAUAGAAUAUUUAGCACUAUAGUUACAGCAAACUGGAGCUAUAGUACAACUCAAGGGGUUGAUUUUGAUUUUGCUUGGGAUUCUGUAAAGAAUUUCAUUUUGCAAAAAUUUGCAGGCCCACCAGAUGAAGGAAUAUUUUCUCCUUCCGUUCAAAACACACUUUACUUAUCUGAAAAAUUAAUUUUAGAUAGUAUACAACAGAUUGACCGAAUUGAGAUGUCCAUGCCUAAUAAACAUUAUUAUACAGUUGAUUUAUCCAAAUUUCCUCAAUCAGUAAUAGACACCAAAGAGAAUAAAGAGGUGUAUCAACCAGUUGACAAACCAGCCGGAUUUAUUUAUGCUGAACUUUUGAGGAAGAAUCAUGUUUCAAAACUUUAAUAUCACAUGCAGAAUAUGUGCAUCUAUUUUAUCAAGAUAAAUAAUAUGUAAAUUUCAAUAUAAAUGUAUUAAUCCAAAUAAACCACUUAGGUACUUCAA